CUCUUUCUCUCUCUCUCCGCGCCGUUACUUCUCUGACGGUAGCAUCAUCUCCUCUCCUUUCACAUCGUUCAACUCAAACAUUGAUAUCUGGAUUUCGGGUGGGGAUGACGCUAGGGUUGUUAUCAGCGAUUGGAAGAUCAUUCCGAAGAAAGCGAGCGUCUUCUCUUGAUAUUCUCUCUCCCAAACGAGCUCCCAGAGAUUUCUACAAGGGCAAAAACUGCAAACCUACUGGUUUCCACACCAAAAAAGGAGGAUAUGUUGUGCAGCAUGAUAAAUUACCAAACUACGUAAUCCCUGAUCUCACCGGCUUUAAGCUGAAACCAUACGUGUCUCAGUGCCCUAUAGAGGUCAACAAAACAACUGAAGCUUCCAAGUGAACAUGUCCGAAGAAAAUAUGUUCCGAGCCUUAUAAUAAAGCUUAAAGUUAAGCAAUUUGUGUUUGUUGCGAAAUUCGUAUUUUAUUUUCUUCAAGGACUUCAAGCAACUUGUGACAAAUUUUGAGUUAUUAAUGUUUUGCUCUCU